AACAAUGUAUCAAACCGCUGAAUGUCAGCUGUGUUUAGGGAAACAAAAAACAAUAACUCAGUCUUAGCCGUUAACAUUCUCUGCACUGCUUAGAUCGGCAUGAUCUGGGAGAGGUGUUAAGAAACGGUACAAGUUUUAAUUCAUAGCUCGAGAUCCCUUUGUCGUUGAUUUUAUUUUAUUUGUCCUGCAAAUUACAGUAAUGCGAAAGAGGAAUAAUUCGCUGACCGUGGAUCGUGACAGCAUUGUCACUACAAGUAACAGUAACACACUGCUGGACAACAGUUCGCACUUCAAAUACGAGCACAAGAAAACAGGAGAUCCUGGAACCGAAGUUCUGUAUCAUCCUGUAGACCCCGAUUCGGGAAAAGAGAUGAAGAGCAAAUUUGGAAGGAAAAGACUGUUCUCUCGCUUAAAGAGGCUUCUCAUCUGGGUGAUUGGAGUGUACGUAGCCAUUCCGUUCAUAAUAAAACUCUGCCCUGCCAUUCAGGCCAAACUGGUCUUUUUAAACUUUGUACGUAUGCCAUACUUUAUUGACUUGAAGAAGCCACAGGACCAAGGAUUGAACCACACCUGUAACUUCUACUUGCAACCGGAGGAGGGGCUCAAUAUUGGUGUCUGGCACACUGUCCCUGAGGCUCUACUGAAGGAGGCUCAGGGAAAGGAACAGUCCUGGUUUGAAGGUACCUUGGAUUCCAACCACCGUGUUAUCUUGUAUUUACACGGCAAUGCUGGGACCAGGGGUGGGGACCAUAGAGUGCAGCUAUAUAAGGUCCUUAGUUCUUUAGGCUACCAUGUAGUCACAUUCGAUUACAGAGGGUGGGGGGAUUCUGACGGAAGCCCCUCAGAAGGUGGUAUGACAGCUGAUGCAAUCUUUAUGUAUGACUGGGUGAAAAAGAGGAGCAGAAGCCACCCACUUUAUAUCUGGGGUCACUCACUAGGAACAGGUGUAGCCUCAAACUUAGCAAGACACCUGUCUGAAAGAGGGAGUCCUCCUGAUGCUUUAAUCCUAGAGUCCCCAUUUACCAAUAUACGGGAAGAAGCUAAAAGCCAUCCAUUUUCAGUGAUUUACAGAAACCUACCUGGAUUCGACUGGUUCUUUUUAGAUCCAAUCACUGCAAACGACAUACGGUUUGCAAGCGAUGAGAAUGUGAAACAUAUUACGUGUCCUAUGCUGAUUCUCCAUGCAGAAGAUGAUACUGUUGUUCCAUUUCAUCUUGGAAAAAAGCUCUAUAAAAUUGCUGCUAGCUCUCCCAGCCUACGUGGAUACAAAGUUCAGUUCAUUCCAUUCCAGAAGGCCCUCGGCUACAGACACAAGUUCAUAUACAGGAGUCCAGAGCUACCACAUAUAUUGAGGGACUUCCUUAGCACAUCUGAGUCACAUGUAUAGCUGUACAUUGUGGAGUCUGGAUUUUUUUUUCCCCCUUAUCAGCAUGAGAAGAUGCUUUCUUGAUUUCUGUCAUUCCUUUAAAACUGAGAACAAACAAAAAAGAGCAAGAGAGAGACAGACACAUUGGAUCUGUUUUUGUUUUGUUUUGAUUUUUGGUACAAAAGGACAGCCUGUCAUUUUAAGUAAAACAUAAUAAGAACAAAUAAUAAUAAUUAUAAGUUGAGCACAAAGAAGAUAAAAUGCACUAACAAGCCUCAUUCUGCAAACUAGGGGUACGGACCUCCCGAAACAAAUGAACAAGAAAGGGUGGUCUGGGUGAGAUUAUUUGCACAUCAUAUCUAAAUAAUGUGGAAAUUACUGGAGUUGCUUUGAAAUGAACGUGCUACGUCCGCUGUGAAGGGAAAGUCCAAUAUCCUUACCUAAAUACAGAGCCCAGUGAUAAAUGUUGUAUUUAUCUGUGUGUCCUUUGCAGAGUGGUGUGUUGACAGCUGCAUUGAAGUGAGCCCAAAAAGUCUGAAAUCUCACCGUCGUACUAAUAUGUAUGUAAAUGUAUCCUUUUAGCCCUCCUUUCUAUACAGUCAUUACAAACAGGUUUUAACUGUUUCUCUUGCACUUUUAUACACAUAUCCCAAAUGGCCGAGGUUGAUGUUAAAAGUAGUUGCUGGAAUGUAUUUAAUCAAAUAAAUAUUUGAGCAAUACAUGUAUGUGGACAAGUUCUGCCCUGUUUAGGAGUAUAGGGGUCUCCAAGCUUCUAGGCACCACACUUUGACUUUAAAAUCAGUGGUAGUGAAAUUAAUACAAAACCAUGCUUGUACUUUUAAAGGCUGUAUACCUGCAGAACCAGUAUCCUUUACUGAAUGAUUGAAAAGAUAGACAUAUCCUGUCAGCCCUAGUAGAACCGGAAUAGUACAGAGGAAUGGGGUGAUGUUUGAUAUGAGGCAGGCAGCUGCACUGCUCUGUUAUAGCUUGAAUUAGAAUGUAAAAUGAAGAAAAAAGUUUAAUCGCAUAUCUGUUCUGGAUGUUUUUUAACUCUCCUUAAUAACCAAGGUUAUUGCAUUACUGACAUACAAGUAAUACUCCAUUUCAGAGAUUUAGAUCUUCCAUUGCUGUUUAACACUAUUAGAGUCAAACCUUGUCGUUGAGACCACCUAUAUACAGGGUGUUUUUAUUUUAAAAAAAGUUUACCCAAUAAUAAAUUAGAAAAAUUAAUUUAGAAACUUAGAAGCUUUUGUACAUAACAAAUUAAUAAAAAUAUGUGAACACAUCUACAAUGGGUGUUGAAAAUUUAACCAUUGGCAUUUAUACACUGGUGACAUUGUUGAAUCAUGUUUGCACAGAACCAGUCUCCCUCCAUUUCCACACUGAAUAGCCGGCUUUGAUGUUGGCUCCCUAUAUUCCUCAACAGGAUAUUUCUUUAAAUAAUUAUCUGCACAUUUUGUUUGAUUUUGUUUCAGCAUUAUGUUUCAACCAAAGAAAAACUAAUUUAUUGAUGUUUUAACACCAUAAUUAUUCACGUAUUUAAAAAAAAGAUAUAUCUCCCACUGAGCUGAGGUGAUUCACAGCUCCCAUAAGACAGCCAAGGUCAGAAUUGAUUGUUCUUAGAUUCCCCUCUGCUCAUAUACAUCUUGAAAAGGUAAUCUAAUGUUCUAAUUUGUUAUUGGGUAAACUUUUAAAUAAAACACCUUACAGUGGCCAUUUCACUGGAUAUAAAUCACCUUGGAUAAAGGUAUCUGCUAAAUAAACAAAUAAUAAUAUAAAAGGCAGCCACUGAAGGCUAUUUUUAGUCUCUUGAGCAGUUGGUAUACAGAGUUGUUGGACUGUACUAACAUUUUGUUGAAAUGAAAUAUAGCAUCUUAAUUUAGAACAGUCAUGGUCAGUUUACUGGUAACUGAAAUCGGUGGGCAAAUCCUCCCAGUGUUUUGUAAUGAAUGGAUGAGGACGGGCAAGUAAUGUAGCGAGUAUGCCAAACUGGAAUUGCUGGAGUAAAGUGGUUUGUGGCGUUCAUUAUUUUAGUUCACUCCAAAGACUCGUUGAUUAACAUUUUAUUAAUGGCAUUGAUUAUGGAGUGAAACUAAAAUAUCUUUGCCUAAAAGACUUGGACUUUCUUGUUGGUGUCUUUUUUUGGCAUGUUCGGUUUUACUCUGAUUUUCUUACAAUAUAUAGAAUUGCAGUUGCAUACUAAAAGUGUUGUCUUAUAAAGUCAUUUGUAAUGUAUUUAUUUUUUGGCAACAUUUUUUGCCAGUUAUUAAUAAUGGUUAACUAUUGAUUAUUACUAUACAUCUUUGAUCUCACAUUUCUAGAUGUAGUCAUUCUUUAUAACAGAUCCUUAAUCUAAAGUGUUGUUUGUGUUUUUAUUUUAUGUAAUAUCAAGACUAACCUUUUAAUUUUACUGUUCAUUUAAUUUUUUUUUUUUCCACGAAUGUCUAACAUUCUCAAAUUGUUACAUUGAACAAAAUACAAGGCAGCUUCUGUGGAUAAGUUGGAAAGCUGUUGAAUUCUCUUUCCAAAAAGAAAUAUGAAGAAACCCCCUACCUCCUGCUGUUUGAAGGGUUACACCUGAAAAUCGUUGUCAUCUCCAUUCCCAUGACAUGAGUUGUUUUAGAUUUAUAAUACCGCUAUGUGGGUCUUUUUGAGAUAUUCAUACAGGGUCAACACUGGAAAUCGGGUUACAUCAGAGUACUGGAAACAUGCUUUAUAUUUAUAACAGUUAUCUUUGAGGUUUUAGACAAUGCAUGUUUAUCAACCUUACCAACACGUUUUAAUAAACAUUUAAGAAAAAACAGUAUUCUACAUAAGGGUGGUAAAGAGCAUUUAGUUCCAGAAACAGUUCUGCGACCCAGGUGAAGCUCAAGCUACGCUGUGUUCAUUACCUUCAUAUUCAUGAUUGUAACUGAACUGUGUUUAAUGGCGACUACAAGUAUGGGACUUGCAACAGGGACAGGUUGAUUUAAUGAUUAGUAAAGGUGUAUCCAAUGUUAAGCCAUAGCAGAGGAAUUUAAAUAAGCGUGAAGCCAUCAUUUUAAAUAUCUGUCAUUUGUUACCCGAGUCGCAAUGUGCCAAAAAAUAAACUAUUUGAGUAAGCAGCAAUUUCCUACUAUACAUGUGGUAUAGUCAGAUUGAGGGGGCAAGUUGGGUGCUUCAUGUCACAUUUUUACCUUUUCAAAAGGCACAGGCACAUUGUGCUCAUGACAGUCAGCAGUGUUGGUAAAUGUCAAAAUAAUUGUGAAAGAGCUUGUAGGAGUUUCUCAAAACUGUAGCCAACCCCCUUUGCUUGAUGUGUUUUGGCACAGUUGAGCACCGUCCCACACAAGAUUUUAGAAGCCUGACAGUCAACGCGCCAGUACGAAUGAUGGCUUCACGUGUAUCCACUCCUACUGGCACUGCGCUGUUCUGCUCUAUAAGUUUGUGUAACCAAAACAGGGACGUCUUUUUGUUGAAUCCUUUUUCUAAAAGGAACGGUCAAGUAAUCAUAAUCCACAGCAAUGUACAUAUUCAUUUCUUUGCUGUGCCUCACAUAUGGAUUAUGAACUCAUAAGGUAAUGCUUGCUGGUACAAUAUCUGUUUUAGUAAGUGCAAUAAUAAUAUAAUACUACUGUUAGUAGAUAAUUGUUGCCUUUCUUAUGAAGUCUUGUGAAUUUAACACAUAGUUAAAACAAGGUCUAAAUAACCUGGAAAAUGUACUGUAUAUUACACCUUUACCUGUGUCUUCAACAAUACUAACAUUACAUUUUUGAGGACACAGAUUUAAGACUGUUUUGAGGGCAUGGUUAGUUGAUUUUGUUUUUUCUUCCUUUUAUUUGUAAGCUGCUAAACCUAAACUUGGCUCAAUGGUUACAGAUUAUUUUCUGUAUUUAUUUGUUUUAUUUUAUUU